ACGUUCUCUGUCCUGAAUAUAACAGGCGCAGGCGUAACCGUCCAUGGCCACGAGAUUAUUGCCAGCCGAUAUCAUUAAACCGUAAAUUGUGUUGACGGUCUCUGUGUCUAACAGAUUGAUGAAUACUUAGUUCAUGUGUAAUGCCCGGCCUGGAAAACAGAGGACAAAGAACACACCUCUAUAGUAUUUGCUUGUUACAGGACUCACACAGAAACACCACCCGUUCCCUCCUACUGUUUGUAUCGCGCUUGGAGGUUAUGAAAGCUUUGCUGUAGGAUGAUUGGUGGUUGCUGUAGAAACUCCGCGUCUCACUAUCAUCAGUCCAUCUCCAGGGCCAAUGAGAGCGCCCGUUCGGCCCCCUGACGUUGGUCUCCUCUCCCCUCGUCCAAUCAGACCCAUAGAUAAUACUCCACUUGCUGCGUCACGACAGCCUCUUGCUCAGGUAGACGGAGCCACCGCUGCACCAAGUCUCCUCCCCAUCACCGCUAGCCAAUCAGAAUGGAGGUCAACGGCACAGCCACCAUCUUGUCGUCCGCAUACCUGGCUGUCGAAUACGUUGACGCAGUUCUACCUGACAACCCUCUGCAGCCAUCACUACAACAGGCAUGGGGGUAUAUGAAUGACAACUACACUAAGUUUCAGAUUGCAACCUGGGGUUCUCUCAUCGUCCAUGAAGCCAUCUACUUCCUGUUCUGUCUCCCUGGCUUCCUGUUUCAGUUUAUGCCCUUUAUGCAAAAGUACAAAAUUCAGCCGGACAAGCCAGAGACAUGGGAGAAGCAGUGGAAGUGUUUUAAGAUGCUGCUGUUCAACCACUUCUGCAUCCAGCUGCCCAUGAUCUGUGGGACCUACCACUUCACAGAGUACUUCAGCAUCCCCUACGACUGGGACAGCAUGCCCCGAUGGCCCUACCUGUUGGCCCAGUGUCUGGGCUGUGCUGUGAUUGAGGACACCUGGCAUUACUUCCUGCAUCGCCUGUUGCAUCAUCGGCGGAUUUACAAAUACAUCCACAAAGUUCACCACGACUUCACUUCUCCGUUCGGCAUGCAGGCAGAGUAUGCCCAUCCUGCUGAGACUGUGAUUCUGGGGGCUGGUUUCUUCAUCGGCAUUAUGGUGUUCUGUAACCAUGUCACAUUGCUAUGGGCCUGGGUCGCCUUCCGACUGAUGGAGACCAUCGACGUACACAGUGGAUAUGACGUCCCUCUGAACCCACUUCAUCUGAUCCCAUUCUAUGCCGGCUCACGUUUCCAUGAUUUCCAUCAUAUGAACUUUGUGGGAAACUACGCGUCAACAUUCACCUGGUGGGACAAGUUGUUCCACACUGAUGCCCAGUACAACAAGCACCUGCUGAGCAAGAAAGACCAGUAGACACACACACACAUAUACACAUACACAAACACAUACAGACACAUUUGAAGGACGGAACUAGACUCUGGAGUGUGCAGUGCCUUAUGGGAAAAAAUACACUAGCAUAUACUAGAACGGUCUUGAACAAUAGCAUUCCCCAGAUGUCUAACCGUAACAUCAGACUUUUCUCCUUGAAUGAAACAUUUUUGUUGAGAUUAUUAUUAUGAAUGACGUUUUUUCCCCACUGUUGUGAUUAAACUUUUUUUACCUGUUGGUUUUUCCUGAAGCACUUUACUUCCCUUUAACAGUUCUAGAAUAUUAGUCCAGUAGGGUUCUAGAAUAUUAGUCCAGUACAGUUUUAGAAUAUAAUUUGGUGUCAAGGUUUAAAAUCUGCAUUCAGAUGUUUUUUCUCGUACCUCCCUCAUGCUGUUGUCUCUGUGAGGUUGUACUGUUAGAACCGUAUAGCAGACUGCUGAGUAUGUUGACCACGUCUUCACAUCACAAACCAGCUGUCCUGCUUUCUGUUCUACCCAAAUAAUGAAUCUUACUCACCUGGUGUCCAGGUUUAAACCAGUCCCUGAUAAUGGAUCUCACACUCCUGGUGUCCAGGUUUAAACCAGUCCCUGAUAAUGGAUCUCACUCACCUGUUGUCCAGGUUUAAACCAGUCCCUUGAUUAGAAGGGAGUAGUGUUACUCACUCGGAUUAGCAGAUAUCUGUUUAAAGGUUAAAGUUAGGAUAGGGGAGGAAAAUUAUCCUGGAUAUCUGCUGGGGCUUUCAGUUAACUCAGUCUGUCAGCUAUCGGUCUACUUGUCCUAUCAGCUCUCUGUCUGUUCAAGGUGUGCGUGGUCCACUUGGGCUUUCACCUCAUACAAUAUUAAAUAAUCGUAUUGUUUUACAGUAUGAAGAAAAUAAGUUUAAGAGAGAAAGUGUUCUGGCAAACUAAUAUUGGCACAUUCAUUUGUUACUGAAAAUUAAAAUUAUUAAAUCCUUAAGUAAUUUAAGCAGCAAUUGAUUGUCAUACCUUACCCUGUAUGUUGAUUAUUUGGUUGUCUUAAUGGGCCAAUAAAGAACUGGACAAAUAAAGAACUGAACCAAUAACGAACUGGACAAAUAAAGAACUGAAUCAAUAAAGAACUGGACAAAUAAAGAACUGAAUCAAUAAAGAACUGGACUUGUGAA